UUAUCAGUGAAGGAGGAAGAGAAGCUGAGUUAGAAACGAUCAGCAGCUCAGGAUGAAGGUCUGUCACACUUUGAUCUGCUUCUUCUUCCUCACUCUGCAGGAUGGAGACACUGGAGAACCUCGUAGAGGAGAAGAAGGAACCAACAUCACAGUUGAAUGUUCAUCUAUAUCUUCUGGAAGCAGGAGGUUCUUCUGUAAGGAAACCUGUGAAGGAGAAAAUAUCCUCAUUGAAACAACAGAAGACAGAGCUCAGAGAGGAAGAUACAGCAUUCAGUAUGAAGAUAACGGUCAUUUAUCAUAUAAUAUAAUGUAUGUGAGCAUCACAGGGCUGAAAAAGUCAGACUCAGGAAAGUACCGGUGUCAGACUGAUAAAACGUGGCUUGGAACUCAAUAUGAUGAUUUUGAUCUUAUCGUGACUGAAGCUUCAACCUCCUCAGAACCAGUCUGGACUCCAUCAACUUCUCCAUCAACAUUUCUGUCAUCAGCUUCUCUAACAACAACAACUUUAACACAAAGGCUGAGUUCCUCCUCUUCUUCCUCCUCAUCUACAACCAGCCAACAGACCAGAGCAUCAACUGGACCCAAAGAUCUGCUGCUGUAUGUGGUUCUGAUUAUCGCCGUCCUGAUCUUCAUGUCGGCAGCAGCUCUGCUGAUUUUCUUCAGGAGGAAGCGCUUCGGUCGACAGAAAACUCCUCCAAUGGAAACAGACCAGGCUGACACCCCAAAGGAAAGCGUCAUCUAUGAGGAGAUCAGAGAGGAGGACAGAGACAACAAACCAUCUCCUGGGGAAAUAUCUACAGUUUACGCCAACUACUGCAACCCAGACGGAGCUGAAAGUACAGCUAUAUACAGCCUCGCUGACUGUCCUCAGAAUACAGGUGAAAAUGACGAAAAAGAGUACUCUGAAGGGCAUCUGUUAAACGAUUCACCUUCUCUUUAUUUCACCAUCACUUUGCAGCAGUAG